AUGGCAUCUACGAAUCCUCCUCAUAUAGGAGGAAACCUCUUGUUACUUGUGCUUGUUGGUAAACUUAUUUUCAUCUUUACUAGUGCUGUGAUGGUCGUAUUAGGACUUUGUCUUCUUCUAGUGCGUCGUGUUCGUGAUCACGAUACGACUCGAGGACUUGGAACGUCAAAAUUAGACGCUCUCUCCGUCCAAAGCUUUUCUUCUCUCCAAGACCUUCAAAACUCACAUGAAGCUUUUGUACAUGUAUUUCAUGUACAAUUCACGCUUGCUCUCGUCUGCUUCAUGUGCGUCUACGUCCUGAAACAGACAUUUGCAAUCCCUGGGUCGGCUUUAUUAAAUGUCUUUGCAGGUGCAAUUCUUCCUUUACACGUGGCUUUUCCAUUGGUGUGUACGCUCACGGUAUGUGGAGCAUCCUGUUGCUACUUGCUGUCAAAGAAAUUAGCUUCCGACUCGAUCGUGAUGGAUCUAAGUGAUCGUCUACUGCCUGGGAAACUAUCUGCAUUGCGACUGAAACUUGAAAAGGCAAAAGCUCAAGGUCAAUUGCCAUUCUUGCUGCUGUUCUUGCGUGUUUUUCCGCUCACACCCAAUUGGUUUCUAAACAUGGCGAGUCCAUGGUUGCAAGUGCCACUUAAGCUGUUUGCUCCAUCAGUAGCAUUUGGAUUACUACCCUACAACUUCAUUACGGUCAAUGCAGGUGCGAUGUUAUCUUCAUUACAUCGUACAAGUGAUUUAAUGGAUCCAAAGACGAUGGGGUUCUUGGUUUUGCUUGCAAUUGGUAUGCUUGUUCCAGUGGUGUUAAAGAAGAAAGUGAAGGACAUGGAAGUAAAGAAUUGCAAAGGAGAGGAACAACGUGGUCUCGAGAACGAAUUCAAUGGCAAGAAGACAUUGUAG